AUGAACGUCGGCGGGGAGGGGCUCUUGGCUCCGGCGAGGUCGGCGGCGGAUUUAUCGCCGCUGGAGUGGAAGUUUUCGCAGGUCUUCGGAGAAAGGACCGCCGGAGAAGAAGUUCAGGAAGUUGAUAUAAUAUCCGCUAUUGAAUUCGAUAGAACUGGGGACCACCUUGCCACUGGAGAUCGUGGAGGUCGGGUGGUAUUGUUUGAAAGAACUGAUACGAAGGAUCAUGGUGGACAUCGGAGAGAUCUAGAGAGGAUGGAUUAUUCAAUGAGUAGGCAUCCCGAGUUUCGCUAUAAAACUGAGUUCCAGAGUCAUGAACCUGAGUUUGACUAUCUUAAGAGCUUGGAAAUCGAGGAAAAAAUCAACAAGAUCAGAUGGUGUCAGACAGCUAAUGGUGCACUGUUUCUUCUCUCCACUAAUGACAAAACCAUCAAAUUCUGGAAGAUCCAAGAAAAGAAGGUAAAGAAAGUAUGUGAGAUGAAUGUGGAUGCUUCUAAAUCUGUGGAAAAUGGGGCAGUUGGUUCUCUGUCAGCAAGCUCCAAACCGUCUCUUGCAAAUGGAGUAUGUAAAGAGAGACCCAUCAGUUCUCCAAGCAAUGAGAAUUCGAUUCCAUCUGGGGGUUUGCCAUCUCUGCACUUGCCCGUGGUGACCAGUCAUGAGACGAGCCUUAUGGCUAGAUGUCGAAGAGUCUAUGCCCAUGCCCAUGACUAUCAUAUUAAUUCCAUUUCAAAUAACAGUGAUGGAGAAACUUUUAUAUCAGCUGAUGACUUGCGAAUUAAUCUUUGGAACUUAGAGAUUAGCAAUCAAAGUUUUAAUAUUGUUGAUGUGAAGCCUACAAACAUGGAGGAUCUAACUGAGGUGAUAACUUCAGCAGAAUUUCAUCCUACUCAUUGUAACAUGCUGGCGUACAGUAGCUCAAGGGGCUCAAUUCGUCUUAUUGAUCUGCGGCAGUCAGCUUUAUGCGACACUCACAGCAAAUUGUUUGAAGAACGAGAAGUGCCUGGUUCAAGAUCUUUUUUCACUGAGAUAAUAGCCUCAAUUUCAGAUAUUAAGUUUGCUAAGAAUGGAAGACAAGUACUUAGUCGUGAUUACAUGACUCUUAAGCUGUGGGACAUAAACAUGGAUUCUGGCCCAGUUGCAACUUUCCAGGUUCAUGAAUAUCUAAGACCUAAGCUGUGCGAUUUGUAUGAAAAUGAUUCUAUCUUCGAUAAAUUUGAGUGCUGUUUAAGUGGAGAUGGGCGUCGAGUGGCAACAGGUUCUUACAGCAAUCAGUUUCGAGUGUUUGGUUGUUCUGAAGGGAGCACAGAAGCGACGACAUUGGAGGCCAGCAAAAACCCCAUGAGGAGACAAGUGCAAACGCCAUCAAGGCCUUCUAGAUCUUUGGGCAACCUUCCUCGUGUUCUCAGGCGAGGUGCGGAUAACUCUGGAGCUGAUGCAAACGGAAAUUCUUUUGAUUUCACGACAAAGUUGCUACAUCUUGCAUGGCAUCCUACUGAGAAUUCACUCGCCUGUGCUGCUUCAAAUAGCCUUUACAUGUAUUAUGCGUAA